AUGUUAGCGACCUUCUCCAUUGUUGGGGUUGUUGGCAAUAGCUUGGUUCUUUGUGGCAUCGCCAGCAUCACCAAAGGGAAGAUGCACACCUUUUUCAUACAGACACUGGCAUGCAUCGACCUCUUAACCUGUGCGAUAACAAUACCUGCAACCAUAGCCAUGGAGGUGAUGGAGUUUCACGUGCCUUUUACGUCAGUGUGCAGAACAUAUCAUUUUCUUUUGAACUCUACCAUACCCCUCUCAGCUUUUGUAAUGGUUGCCAUCGCAAUUGAAAGAUAUUUUUGCAUCUGUAGAAACGUAAGGCAGAACAUUUUAAAGUCCAGAGCUAAAGCGGUGAUAGUCGGUAUAAUUGCAGUAGCAGUUUCGAUAGGGGUUCUGUGUAGUUUGAAUUACGGAACCUUUCCAUUUGAAGAAAGGAGUGGUAGUGGUGAUCUUAGUCAGGAACAACAAAAUGCAACAUGUAAGCUAAACACGACUUUUUCUCACCAUCCCUGCAGAAAUAAAACACAAACCUACAGGAGAACCACUUUAUGUGGCCUCACGACAAAGUUUGGAAAAAAAUAUUACCACGUAACAGAGAAAAUAUAUUCGUCAAUGUUUGCCAUCUGUGGUAUAACUGUAGUUUUAGUUUAUUUGCGUAUUUACUGUUUCCUUUUGCCGUAUCGCAAUAAUAUAGGAAUGGAUGCUGCAUCUCGAAAGAUUUUAAGCACUACAAGUAAUCAUGUUGGCGUUAAAAAACAGAAAGUUGGCAAAAAGAGAAAACUGAAACUAUGCAUACUAUCAGAAAUGUCUGCAUCGUACAGAAAACGCAAGGAAAAGCUCCGCCUUCGAUACAUCAAAAUGGCCGUAGUGUUUUUUAUUGUUGCAGUUGUUUUCAUUUCCUCUUUCCUGCCUGCAUGGAUGAUGAAACUGAAAGUAAUUCCGUUCAAUAUCUAUGUGUUUUAUUUGUAUUUCGUGUAUACGGUUUGUAACCCUUUUAUAUAUGCUUUCAUGAAUCCGACCUUUUGGGCAGCUGUCCGGGAAGCAACGCGUCGGGUUUCAUACUUGCUGAGUACGACAUCCUUGUAA